UUACAAUCUUACAAUCAUCCAUGCUACGUACCAUACCAUUCAGCAAAGCCUCCCAGUAUGCGAAAAUGCACAUUACUUCAUUACAAGGAGACACAACUGAUUCGCGAUGACAUUUCGUUGCGGACGGAUGUCAUGCCGCAAACGCAGUCGGAGUCGGCAUUGCCAGGUUGAACGCCUCUUUCUGCAGCCACAAUUCCAUCAAGACGACCACAAAAUGCUUCGGAGGUAUACAAUUGUCAACGACAGAAUGAAUCGGAUGAAUGAAGUAUCGAUUCUGCAGUAGCUGGAAAUUCUUAAAAGCCCAAAGAUCGACGACAAAUGUCAGAAUGUCCAGAUAACAGAACAAGUUCUAUCAGUCAAUUUUCUUUCCAACCUGAAAUCAAAUCACAAUUGUCUUUUUGACUCUAUUGCAAGUGUCGUGUCAUUAUGUCAACCUUUUCAAGUCUACUCGAUGUCAGAGCGACACCCAACCAGUUCGAAAAUUGUACAUUUGAAACAUGCUCCCUAUCAAGUUCGUUCUGGUACUAUCGACCAUCUUUAGUCGCCAACUCGAUCUUUCUUUCCCUUUUCGCCCUCUCCCUCCUAGCUUUUAUCCUUACAUAUCUCCUCACCCGACGAUUUGGCAUCUUCACUGUCGCACUCGCCUGCUGCUGCACCCUUGAAAUUAUCGGCUACCUCGGCCGCAUUAUAUCUUACUCCAAUCCAUGGCACGAAACUGGUUUCCUGCUUCAAAUUGUUUGCUUGACCAUUGCACCAAGUUUCAUGGCUGGAGGCAUCUACCUCUGUCUACGAAACAUCGUGGAAGUGUUUGGCUCAGAAAAAUCUCGAAUAAGACCAGAAUCUUACACUAGGAUCUUCAUUCCGUGUGAUGUUAUCUCUUUGAUUCUGCAAGCUCUUGGUGGGGCCAUGGCAUCUAUGGCUAGUCAUCAGGGCCACUCUUCGGCAUUGGGUGAUCACAUCAUGGUCGCUGGGUUGGCAUUCCAAGUCUCGACUUUGACUUUGUUCAUGGCAGUCUGUAUCGACUUCGCUGUGAGGACUUCAAAGCAUCCAGACGACAAUAGAGAUGACACGAAACUUCUCAGCGUCCGGUCUACAAAGCGAUUUUCUCAAUUCAUCUUUUCGUUAGCUAUUGCCACUAUCUGCAUCUUCAUUCGCUCUAUCUAUCGUGUCGCCGAAUUGUCUGAAAGCUGGACCGGUCACCUCAUUCGACAGCAGUGGCUGUUCGUUGGUUUGGAAGGCGUGAUGAUUGUUGUUGCUUUUGCUGUCCUGAACAUAUCUCACCCCGCUUUCUGCUUCGACGCAAGAUCGGCGGCUAGUACUGGUGCAGAGAUUUCCGACGAGUUCACUUCGGGAGAUCAGGCCAAAGAAAUGGACUCCGAGAAUAGAGUUUGAGUCUUCCUCAAGAAGGCGAUCCUGGCCAAAGGUUAUGGCGACGGUCAGAGGCGACAGCUGGGGAUACCAAAUUGUUCAUAAAGCAUAUUUUCUUCCUUACGGUGGUGUUCGCUUCUAGAUAUUUUUGAUUUUCUAAAAUUUAGAUGCUCUACGUCAUGAUUCCUGUAUGAUUUAAUUUUAAGGAGUAUUUGUUGCAGAUAGAAUGUCAGCUCCACGGU